AUAGAGCUCCGGUGGGAGAGCCCCGCCGAAGAGGAGAGUCGAGAUGGAGUACUUCCCCGCGCCUGGCAGGAAUCAUCUCUUCGUUCCAGGCCCGACCAAUGUCCCCGAGAAGGUAAUUCAAGCAUUUAGUAGGGGGAACGAGGAUCAUCGCUCUCCAGCGUUUGCUACGCUCUCCAAAUCCGUGCUGGACGGUGUCAAGGAUUUGUUUAAGACCAAGACUGCCACUUCGUUCAUCUUUCCAACAACAGGAACUGGAGCUUGGGAGAGUGCACUGACCAACACAUUAUCACCUGGAGAUAAGAUUGUCUCGUUCCGUCUGGGACAGUUUAGCCUGCUCUGGAUCGAUCAAAUGCAGCGUCUCAAGUUUAACGUGGACGUAGUGGACUGCGAGUGGGGAGCUGGAGCCGACCUUAACAUCCUCAACGCUAAGUUGGCCAUGGAUUAUAAUCACGAGAUCAAAGCUAUAUGUAUCGUCCACAAUGAAACUUCUACCGGAGUUACCAACAGCAUCCCAUCGAUACGAGCACUCCUCGAUAAGCAUAAGCAUCCGGCAUUGCUGCUGGUGGACGGAGUUUCAUCGAUUGGAGCAAUCGAGUUUAAGAUGGACGAGUGGGGAGUGGACGUUGCCUUGACGGGGUCCCAAAAAGCUCUGGGACUUCCAACGGGAUUGGGAAUAGUUUGUGCCGGACCAAAAGCUCUCGAGGCAGCCAAGACGGCCACCUCUCCCCGAGUUUUCUUCGACUGGGCCGACUACCUCAAGUUUUACAAGGUCGGCUCCUACUGGCCUUACACUCCCUCGAGCCAGAUGCUCUACGCUCUUCGAGCCUCCCUCGACUUGAUCUUCGAGGAGGGCCUGGACAACGUUAUCAAGAGGCACGCCAGGCUUGGAGAAGCCACAAGGCUAGCGGUGGCAGCGUGGGGACUGAAGCUGUGCACUAAACGUCCCGAGUGGAACAGUGACACCGUAACAGCAGUGGUGGUACCACCUUAUCUCAACAGCUUAGACGUGGUGAAGAUGGCAUGGAAAAAGUAUAACUUGAGCUUGGGAGUGGGACUCAACAAAGUGGCAGGCAAGGUUUUCAGGAUUGGGCACCUGGGUUUCGUAAACGAGUUGCAACUCCUGGGAGCCUUAAGUGGGGUGGAGAUGAUCCUCAAAGACAUUGGAUACCCGGUUGUGCUUGGAAGUGGCGUCGCCGCUGCUGCCGCUCACCUCCAGAAAAAGACCCCACUUAUCUCGUCCAGGUUGUGAAUGAACGAAAGUGAUGGUGGCAAAACUUUGCGAAAGAAAAGAUCUUUCUAUUUAUUAUCUCUUCUUUGUUCUUCUUCUA